CACCCGUUACGACCACGAUUAUAGCUUAUAAGCAUAGAAUCACGGGCAUGAUCCAUCGCUUGUUAUAGGUGUAAGGUAGUACCUCCGUACCUCAAGGUAUACCUCCUGUCUAUAUAAGCGAUGAUCAUACCAUCCCAGCCGUGGCUGGCGUGGCGAGCUGCCGUGACGUAACACGCUCAGGAUCACGUGAGGGAUGAUUAGCCGGCAAUAUUGCCUGAUGGGAAGGGUCAGAGUGCGUAGUACUAUCCGCGAAAAUUCGAAGCGUUGUCGUGCCCUGUUUUUCUUCUCUGAUAUCUAGAUAUUUAGCGCCUUUGUAAACAACUACAGCUACAGCUAAAACACUGUGGAGGUUAAUGCUGCCUGAUUCGCAUCUACUGUUGCCGGAAAGGAUCGCAAAUCAUCAAAAACAGGCAUGCCACCAAAGUAUCCGGGGAAGAAAAAGAGACUUUUUGGUCGAAAGGUUGCCAAAAGAAAGAUGACCUUCACCAAUGCCUGUGCACCUGGUCGCAAAAAGUCUGUAAUUUUGCUAGAUCCAGAUGAGCCCAUGGAUGAGAGUACUGGCAUGGUUAACCCCCUGACCAUGCCACCACCUCCUCCGUCAACACCACCACCGUCACCACCACCACCAGACAACAGAACACGGAGCCAACGCUCAUACGCUGCUCGCAAACGAGAUGAAGCUGCUGGAUGGAGAGCCAUCCACGACACCCUGCUAGCAACUGGUGCUGAGCUGUCUGCCCCAACAUCCUUUAGAUGUACAAUCUGCAAAGAGGAGCAGCCUACGACCAUCUACAGAUGUCAGGACUGCGGGCCGACUGCAACAUUCUGCAAAGAAUGCUUGUAUCAGCACCACAACAAUUCCCUUCACCUGCCAGAAAUAUGGAAGAAUAGUUGCUUUCAACCUGUCUUGGACAAAGUCUGCCUUGGUCGUCGGGAUGCCCAUACCUGUACAACGGGAUCAUCGCCCAGGACAGUGAAAGUGUUCGAUGAGUCAGGACGGCCCCGUGUCAUUGAUGUAGACUUUUGCCCAUGUGAGCCUGAGCCAUGCACACUACUUCGGCUUGGAUUGUGGGCAGCAAGCACAGAGGCACCUGCAACAGCCUUUUCAGUGUCUCUACUGGAGUGGCUUGUUGUGCUAAGCUUAGAAUGCCACAUCUCAGUGGAAGGCUUCUGCAAUACUGUGAGAUGGAAGAAUAACCUUUCUCUUGAAGAGGUCAACAGCCUGUACAGAUCUCUGGUGGGUGUACCCAUUUCAGAGUUCAGACAAUACGUCUACAAGCAAAGAACACUGCAACACGUCUGUCCACAGCUGGAUGAAGGAACAUGCUGUCCAGUAUGCCCUAAGAGCAACGGAAAGCAAGUCAUCCUGCUGGAUGGCAAUUUUGGAUUAGUGAGGAAGUCGAGUUCUGGCACGAGCUACGCGGAGCCACAUCAUGGCACCAGAAUGUUUGCAGACGAUGACACUGUACAAGACUUCAUGUCAACCUACUCCGAUGCCACAAAACCUUCUGAGGACUGUAGCAACUUCCAAGCCGGGUCCAGAUUAAGGUCGAAGAACAAGCAGACGAAGCUGGAUGUUAGUGGUGUAUUUGGGGCCGCAUGUCGACAUGAGGUCCCACUCCUGUUUGUGAACAUGACUCAUGGGGAAAGAUUGGGGUACCCAGUAUUUGUCCUACAGAGGCUCGUACAACAGGCACAGGGUAACAACCUCCAGCUGCAAAUCAUUUAUGAUAUUGCCUGUGUGCUGAAAGCUCACCUAUCUGACCCCAAAAAUAAACAAGAGGACCUGUUGGCGCAGCUGGAGUUAGCUGUGCCAGCAUUUCACAUACAUGGCCAUAAGACACGUUGCCAGAUACUGUACAGCCCAAGAAGAAUGGAAGGCUUUGGUCUGACUGAUGGGGAAGGGAUGGAAAGACUAUGGUCUUAUUUGAGGCCAUUUUUCCGAGUUACCAAAGAGAUGACGCCUUCCCAUCGCCUAGACCUACUCACGGAUGCCACGCUGCACUAUGCCAGGAGGAAGUCAACUGACAUAGAGUCAAGCAUAUGCAGUCGGUGGGAUAAAGCUGAGAAAGCUUUCACACAAGCGCAAGAAGAACUGUCGCAGAUCAUUUCCCAAGCACCUGGAAAUUUCAUCCAAAAACCCACAGCUCUGAUGGUGGCCACCAUGAGUCACCGGUGCUACUCCCUGGCCAAGCGCAUCAUGCGCAAAUGGAGCCAGGGAGAGUAUUGA